GGAUCUCCACACGGCAAGAAAGCGUCCCAUCCAGCUGAGAAGAUAAGAACUCUGGUACCCAGCAAAAAUGUCCGACAAAACCCCCUUCGAAACGGAUAUGCUGACACUCACACGAUUCGUUAUGGAGAAGGGACGUCGUGUUAAAGGAGCAACAGGGGAGCUGACGCAGCUGCUCAACUCCAUGCUGACUGCCAUAAAGGCCAUUUCCUCUGCAGUCAGAAAGGCAGGUCUUGCCCACAUGUUUGGUAUAGCCGGCACCGUGAACGUGACUGGUGAUGAAGUGAAGAAGCUGGAUGUAUUAUCCAACUCUCUGGUGAUUAAUAUGCUCCAGUCCUCCUACAGCACCUGCGUCCUGGUAACCGAGGAGAACAAGGAGGCCAUCCUCACUCCGAAAGACAAGCGGGGUAAAUACGUGGUGUGCUUUGAUCCUCUUGAUGGCUCAUCCAAUAUAGACUGCUUGGCACCAAUAGGAACAAUAUUUGCUAUCUACAAAAAGGAAACAGAUGAUGAGCCUUCUGAAAAAGAUGCUUUGCAGCCUGGACGCAAUAUUGUUGCUGCAGGCUAUGCCUUGUAUGGCAGUGCUACACUGGUCGCUCUCUCCACCGGGCAAGGAGUGGACUGCUUCAUGCUCGAUCCGGGUCUCGGUGAAUUUAUUUUGGUGGACAGAGAUGUUAAAAUCAAGAAGAAAGGAAAGAUAUACAGUCUCAAUGAAGGGUACGCGAAGUAUUUUGAUCCUGCAAUGACAGAAUAUUUACAAAAGAAGAAAUUCCCUGAGGAUGGCAGUUCCCCAUAUGGUGCCAGGUAUGUGGGCUCCAUGGUAGCUGACGUUCACCGUACAUUGAUGUAUGGUGGGAUCUUCAUGUAUCCUGCUAAUCAGAAGAGUCCUAAAGGAAAGCUCCGACUGCUCUAUGAGUGCAACCCUAUGGCUUUCAUCAUCGAGCAGGCAGGUGGGAUGGCGACUACAGGAACUGGCGCGGUGUUGGAUGUGAAACCUGAGAGUAUUCACCAGAGAGUCCCUCUUAUCCUCGGUUCUCCAGAUGAUGUGCAAGAAUAUCUUGCUUGUGUACAGAAGCACCAGAAGAGCAGCUAAAGGCUUUUUCAUGUCAGACCUUGCUCAUCCAUCUUCAGUUUACAGAAAAAGCCAAGAUGGUGGAUUCUAGCAAUUAGCAUCCAUCUCUCAGUGAAAAUCCCACAUUAUGAGAACAAGACAAAUAGAGAGAAUGGCUGAUGAGAAAAACAAAAAUUUCAUUUCUCCUUGCAGACAAGUGUAAAAAUCCUUUAACUCUGAUUUAUGCAGUACAAAUGUAGAGACAGAGGCCUGAUUAUUAAACAGAAGCAACUUAAUUUAUAUAAUAUUAACAAUUGUGUUAGUACCCCACUUUGAUCUGAAGCUUUACAUCUGACAUUACCUGGUUGGCAUUGUUUCAGACAGAAUUUUCACAUCAACAUUCACAAUGCCGUUAUCUAGAUUUUCUGUUAGAGGUUUUGUCGCAAGUGCUUUUUAUCUUGACAGCCCUGAGAAGACCAAAAGCCUCGUGAUGUGUGAAACAGUGUUUUUAAGCUCCGAAAUAUAUAUGACUUGGGUAAUUAAUAAAGAUGAAAAGGCUGCAAAGUUGCCAGGAUAUUUCAAUAUUCAUAAGAACAGGAAAAGGCUUUGUGUUAUUUACAGACAGUUAACCUUCAACAGCACAAAUUACAAUAAACCACUGCUACAG